GUCACUGGUAGCCUCUGGUCAGAGUUGGUGUUGGUGUCAUUGUAGACCUCUGGUGACACGGUGACAGUGACAUGGCAGUGAACGCAGGGAUACCACCGUCCAUCAAGAAUGGAUGGUGUGUGCCACAGCGGUACGUGCUGGCCAUCAUGGGGUUCCUGGCCAUCGCCAACGGCUACAUCCAGAGGUUCUGCCUCAGUCUGGCCAUCACGGAGAUGGUUCUGCCCCACCACGGCGGUAGUUCUCUCUCCAGACCAGUAGACCCGCUCGCUUGCCCUUACGAUACUCAAACCAACUUGACACUAAGAGGGGCGUCACACGUCACCUCGUCGGCAGAGUUCGACUGGUCAGAGGCUACCCAGGGGGUGAUCCUCUCAGCAGUGUUCUGGGGCUACGUGCUGACGCAGCUGCCUGGAGGGCUGCUGGCGGAGAGGUGCGGAGGCAAACACGUGCUGAGUCUAGGACUUCUGACAUCCACCAUAGGAACACUGCUGACACCGUGGGCAGCAAGGAUGGGGCCUGCUUGGCUCAUCUUCAUACGGUUCUGCAUCGGAAUGGGACAGGGUCCAAUGUACCCCAGCCUCAACGUCAUGUUAGCCCAAUGGGCUCCUCCACAGGAGAGGGGACGACUUGGCGCGGUUGUAUUUGCUGGAGCUCAGAUAGGCAACGUGGUGUCCAUGGCUCUGGGAGGUAUCCUGAUCCGCUACAUGGACGGUGGUUGGGUCAACGUGUUCUACGUGUUCGGCUGCGCCGGCCUGGUGUGGCUCGCUGCGUGGCAGAUACUGUGUUACAGCGAUCCUGAGAGUCAUCCUUUCAUCAGUGACGCAGAGAGGGACUUCCUCAUGGGCCAAAGUGUUGGGCAGACCAAGAAGCGACAGGACCUGCCACCAACCCCGUGGCGUCACAUCCUCUCAUCAGUUCCUCUCUGGGGUCUCAUCAUCGCUCAGAUAGGCCAUGACUGGGGACUGUUCACCAUCAUCACAGACCUGCCCAAGUACAUGAAGAGUGUCAUGCACUUUUCUAUCCAUCAGAACGGCCUACUGUCUGCUGCUCCCUACCUUGUCAUGUGGAUAUUCGCCCUCAUCUGUGGGUUCCUCGUGGACUUCCUCGUUAAACGAAACAUCUCCAUCACUCUGGUCCGCAAAAUCUUCAUCUCCAUCGCUGCCACAGGCCCUGCGCUCGGCAUCCUGGCCGCCUCCUACUCCGGGUGCGACAAGGUCCUCGUCUCCCUGUUCUUCACCAUGGGCAUGGGUCUGAUGGGAGCGUUCGUACCCUCGCUCAAGGUCAACGCCCUUGAUCUUUCCCCGAACUACGCCGGCACUCUUAUGGCUCUGGUUGGAGGUAUAGGAGCUAUCUCUGGGAUUUUCACACCCUACCUCGUGGGUGUCCUGACCCCAGAUAGUACUCUACUUCAGUGGCGUCUAGUUUUCUGGAUUGCCGUGAUCGUUCUAGUGUUAACCAACAUAGUGUACCUGUUCCUGGGAUCAGCAGAGGUCCAACCGUGGAACGAUCUGUACUGUAACGGCUCCGGAGUCGGAACAGUUUCCAAAGUGCCUGUUACGUCCAGACUCAGCGUGCCUGAAGUCAGGCCGUCUAGGCCAAACAUUGUGCAAGGUCUUGAUAAUCAACGGCAAAAUGGGGGAUCGAAAAAUAACGAUAUCUGAAGGAAUUUGAGUUAACUUAUUCCUUGUUCAAAACAGACUCUUUUAUGUUAAGUACAUUAAAGGUUAUAUUUUGUAAAUCUAAAACAUUGAAGCAACUAAACCCAAGUCUAUCAUGGAGUUUUAUGGCUUAGAUUUUCCAAAUUGAAGUUCCUGAAAGAAAAAGUUUAAGUAUAUUGUAUUAACUUUUAGUUUGAGUUGCACAUGAUAAAUUUUCUAAACAUUUUAUUGAUAAAAAUACUGGAAUGAAAUUAUUUUUGAAUUUGCAUUGUUUAUCAGUAUUUCUGUAAUUUAAUAUUAAUGUACAGGCUCGAACUAAUUAAAUUACAUAUAUUCUCAAUCAAUACCCUGAGGGCCAGGCGUUAGUUAUUUAACUGAAUUACAACUGUUUACUUUUAAUUUUUCAUUUAAUCCAUUGAAAUUUUUAUGUAAGGCUGGUUCAAAACCUGAUGUCGUUACUAUUCCAUCGAAUAUCAUUUAUUAUUAUAAGUUAUUUAUUAUUAUAUGAGCUGACAGUUCCUGUAAAUGCUUUAAAUAUCUCAGGAGGUUCUUAUCCCACUUUGUAAAUAAUAGUUUUUUUUAUUUAAUAACUGAAAUAUUACCACAAGUUUUACGAAGUAUCUUCAAAAGAUUGAUCAUUACAAAAACUAUUAGGCUAAUAAAAAUAUGUGAAUGAUUUUUAUAGUAAAGUUAAAUUAUUAAAUCACUGAUAUAGAGACGAAUAAUUAAAAUGGACACUAUAAUGUAUUAGACUGUGGUAUUUCAUUGUAGUUUCUU